CUCAAGCUCCCUCAUUAACAUUCCCUCCCCGUAUACGCGCGCCUUUAGGUCCUCCCUCACACUUGGUGGGUGGCACCGGCGCGACCAAACCCCGACGGCCCGGUCCGCUCGGAGGCGGAGAGGGACCUGCGUCACAGACGGGGAGCGCAUUGACGGCACCGGGCGAGCGAGCGAGCGCCUACCGCGGUGGUCCUCAAGUCCGUCGGCACCGCCUUGCGCAUCCGCGGAGCCGCACCGCGACGCGACACUUGUCAGCCAGCCGCCCCCGGACCAUGUGCGCCUCGACGCGGUGAAGCGCGCCUCGCCAUCGGGCUCGGAUACGCCGACGAUACCGCGCCGUCAUAGAGAACCAUGAGCACUGUGGAGGAGGACCCGGAUCACAUGAUACCAUGAAGACAAGCCUGCAGGUCCUGCGCUGCCAACUGCUGAGUGUUUUGGCGUUCCUUGCGUUGCCAGCGGAGCUGGCGUCCGCAGCGUACCAGGACUCUGUCACUAUGGCGACCGCCAUUCCGGAAGGCUCCAGCAGCGGCGAGUGGUCGCCCAAAGUUAGCACGGCGCCCGUCGUUUUAGUGACCGCCAGAGCCUCCGACCUCGUGGACACGCGCGGGCCCCUCAGGGACGCUUCGGCCCGGCGUGACGACGUGACCGCUUCCACUGCGGACGUCGAUUCGGGGAACCAAACUUCUGCCGUGGCCGGCUUUCGUCCGACCGAAGGCAGCGGGACCGCCGGCAACGGGACCGCGGAGGUGGCGACGCUCCCCUCCCCCAGCCCCGACACCACAAGCGGCGACCGCCAGGGGGUGCGGUCGACGAGCGCGUCGGGCAACCCGGACCGCCGCGCGUCCGCUCGGGAGACAGUGCGAACGAACGGCAGUUCCGGCUUCCCCGCCACCACGCGGGACCCCCGGGGGGUCGACAACAGCUCGGAAGCUUCGCCGUCAUCCCGCGUGGUCGUUUGCUUGAGUCGCGUGGACAUCGUGUGGAUGGUGCUGGCCAUCAGCGUGCCCGUCUCCACCUGCUCCGUGCUGCUGACGGUGUGCUGCAUGCGGCGCAGGAAGAAGUCGUCCAGCCAGGAGAACAACCUGAGCUACUGGAACAACGCCAUCACCAUGGACUACUUCAGCCGACACGCCGUCGAGCUGCCGCGAGAGAUUCACACGCUGGAGAGCGAGGAGCACGACAGCUGCCUCCCCCCGAACGGCGACUACGGCGUGGGCAGCGUGGUUCUAGUUAACCCUUUCUGCCAGGAGACCCUGUUCAUCAACAGAGACAAAGCCUCAGCCAUCUAGGAACCCUCGGUGCCCCUCGCCCGUCCGCCUCCAUUUUCUACCGCUGACUUUCCCCGCAGCGAGAGGUGACGCCAACAAGCACCAGGAGGCGCCCGCCUAUUUUUCUGAUGUACAUUUUCUAUACCAAACAAAUAAAAACUGUAUAACUUGUGAUUAUUUUUAAUGUCUUUCUAAAUCUGCUUUUGUUUUCAACUUGAAUAUACAUGAUGUAUGUAUAUAUGGGUGUGGCUCAAUACAUUCAAAUAGGGUUGGAAAAAGUUUUUCUAUUUCAGGAAUUCCAUUCAAAAAAGGGAAAUAUUUAAGUAGAAAAAUGCAUUUUUUGGCGAAAUUUGAUUCAACUACUGAAAUGCAUCAACUUUUUCGCAAUGUUUGAAUUUAUUAGGACGCACCCAUGUAUUGUCUGUUACAUAUUUUUGAGGGCGGAGUCAUCCGAGACGUGAAAGUCACGAUGCCCAUUUUUGGAAUCAAAGUGUGUCACGCGAAUUUUCUUUAAAUCAGCAUUAUAAUCGUCGACAAAUUAUUUUUUUCUUGUCACGAAUGAAUGUUUAUAAAGACUACACACAUCUGCGAAUGACAUUCGAGCAAAUGUUUUUUUUGUUGUUGCAAUAUUUGAUAUUAAAACUGAUGCUUAAAAACACAAUUUGUCAUCAACAACUGCUUUUGUUGAAUCGUGCCUCAUUCUGUGCGUUUGUCUUAUCACGAGUAUGUAUUUUUUGUGUGUCUUGUCCACUUUGAGAUUGCACACGCAUUGACUGACAUUGACAGUGGUGGACGUCCAAUCUAUUGACUCUCCUUCAAAUGGAUCUGACGUCCGUCGCCGUCAAUGGCACAAACGUAAUCAUCCACUGUUUUAAACUGGAUUAGAUCAAUUUGAACAAAUUAUCAAUAACUCUUAAGUGAAAGUUUCUGAUGUCAGAGUUUAUUCAGUUGUCGUGAAUGGCAGCCAACGAGUUAAGACACAAUUUUUCAUCAUGUCUCAAACAAAAACUAUAAUAUUUUGCCAUCACAACGACUGCUCUGUUGCCUUGCAUUGUCUUCUUUUGUACUGUAGUAAACUAUCCUUUUUACUUAUUUGACCAAUAAAACUUGCUCUACUUUUUUGUUCCA